AUGGGUGGCGCAUGCGGGUAUGGCAACCUCUUCUCUGAAGGAUAUGGGACACGCACGGCGGCUUUGAGCACCGUGCUAUUCAACAACGGCACCGCGUGCGGGCAGUGUUACAAGAUCGCAUGUGAUCGCAAGCGCGCGGACCCGUUGUUUUGUAAGCCGGGCGUGACAGUGACCGUGACGGCCACUAACUUUUGCCCACCGAAUGACGCCCUCCCCAAUGAUAAUGGCGGCUGGUGCAACAUGCCAAGGCCGCACUUCGACAUGGCCCAGCCGGCCUGGGAGAAAAUCGGUGUUUAUAAAGGUGGCAUCAUCCCCGUAAUGUACCAGAGGGUUCCGUGCGUGAAGCGGGGCGGCGUGAGGUUCAAAAUCAACGGUCAGGAUUACUUCAAUCUUGUGCUUGUGAGCAAUGUUGCUGCAACAGGCUCCAUCGAGUCCAUGGAUGUCAAGAGCAAUGAUUCUGAAGACUGGAUGCCUAUGGCACGAAAUUGGGGUGCUAACUGGCACUCGUUGGCGAACCUUAGCGGAAAGAUGCUCUCCUUCAGACUAACCAACACUGAUGGACACACGCUUGUGUUCAACGACAUUGUGCCAAAGGGGUGGACCUUUGGGCAAUCAUUUGUUAGCAAAUUGCAAUUCUAGCAAGCAAUGUGUGCCGACCAAUUAAUUUACCAGGGCAAGGUAUUGAUUUGUAAUAAUUAAUUGCAUAAAGUGCAAGUUAUGGUGCUUAAUGUGUGUGUGCUGCUUGUAGCACUGAUCUAAUUUUAAAAUUCAGUUUCUUCAUAUUC